GGCAUCUUGGCAUGGAAUUCAACUUGCCAAAACUGGCUGGCAGCAGAGGCUGCAUUGGAAAAGUACUACCUUCCCAUUUUUUAUGGGAUCGAGUUCAUUUUGGGAAUCCUUGGAAAUACCAUUGUGGUUUUUGGCUACCUCUUCUGUCUGAAGAACUGGAAUAGCAGUAACAUCUAUCUCUUUAACCUCUCUAUUUCCGACUUAUCUUUUUUGUGCACUCUUCCUAUGCUGAUGAGAAGUUAUGCCAGUGAAAACUGGAUAUAUGGAGAUGUGCUCUGCAUAAGCAACCGCUAUGUGCUGCACGCCAACCUUUAUGUCAGUGUCCUUUUCCUCACCUUUAUCAGCAUCGACAGGUACAUGCUCAUGAAGUAUCCUUUCCGGGAUCACCUGCUGCAAAAGAAAGAGUUUGCUAUUUUCAUCUCUUUGGCCAUUUGGGUUUUAGUUACCUUAGAGCUACUACCCAUGCUUCCUAUUAUAAAUGCUGUGACCUCUGAGACCGGCACCAGCUGUAAUGAUUAUGCCAGUUCCGGAGACCCUAAGUACAACCUCAUUUACAGCGUGUUUCUAACUGUGUCGGGGUUCCUUAUUCCUCUCUCUGUGAUGUGCUUCUUCUAUUACAAGACUGCAGUCUUCCUAAAGCAGAGGAGCCGGCAGCUGACCACGGCCCUGCCCCUCGAGAAGCCUCUACUCCUGGUCAUCCUAGCGGUGGUCAUCUUCUCAGUGCUCUUCACACCUUACCACGUGCUACGCAACGUGCGCAUCGCCUCGCGCCUGGACAGCGGGUCGCAGCAUCGGUGCACCCAGGUGGUCAUCAACGCCCUGUACAUCGUUACACGGCCUUUGGCCUUUCUCAAUAGCGCCAUCAACCCUGUCUUCUACUUCCUCAUGGGAGACCACUUCAGGGAGAUGCUAAUGAGUAAGUUGAGGCUCUGCUGCCAAGCGCUUUUGUCCUUCAGAAGAUGAGCUCCUGGACUCCGGUUUUCAUUCAGCAAACGCGAGCACUUGGGAAGCAGCUAUACACCCACUACAAAUUGUUCUAAUCCACAGACGUAAACCAGAAAGGGCCACAGAUCCCACCCUGAUUUAAGGAUUAGUUGUACCCAGGGUACGGGGGGA